GAGGGGCGCGGGGCCCGCGGGGCGCGGGGUCCGGCAGCGCCUCCGGCGUCCCGCAGCGCCCGCUGACCUCGCGCAGCCGCGGGUGCCCCCGCCUGCGGGCAGGGCUCGCUGCGAGCCGCGUUGCCUAUCGACGGCACCGGGGAGGGCGAGUAGGAAGCGGGUGUCUGUCGCGGAGGUCGCUGCCUUCGCGGUUAUGCCUCGCGGUGCGAGGCUCGCACCGUGUGUGGACCCGGUAGGAAGGCUUCCUCCGUCGGGAGGAACGGGUCCCACCUGCCCCGCAGGUGUAGAACGUGGGCUGCAGAGUGAACACAAGCAGCCACAUGCUCGGCUGCCGCUCCCAAAGGUGUCUGGGAACUCGGCAGGCUUGGUGUGAGGUUUUGCAUCUCCCAUGCAUGGGCAAGUGUCUUGGGCCAAGACAUGGCGUGCUGGGCAGCAAGGAUUGACCCCGCAUAGGAGCUCAGCUCAUAUGGAGCGUCUCUGACUCCUCUGCCUACACAGGUAAAUCAAGCAAACACACGCCAAUAUGGUGCGACAAGACCGUGGGCACCCGGGCUGGGGCUGCCAGAGGGAUGGCAUCUCCUGUGCAUCUCCCCUGCCUCUGGUCCUCAUUUUCAGACUGGAGAAAAGACAUGCAUCUACCUGGAUGAAACAGACCGAGGGAAGAGCACCCACACCAAAGCUGGGGUGAGCAAACAGGCAGACACUAACAAGGACCUGCUCAAAGAUGGAAGUGAGUCCACCCUGGGCACACUCACUGGGCAUGGCCUGAACCUUCCGUGCUGCCUGGCAGAGCCAGGGGUGAGCUGUCCCGGCUAUGAGACUGAGCCAGCUGUGAGACUGAGCUGGAGGAGGAAACGGUAUCGGUACCAGAUUGUCAAUUAAACAUCAUUGAACGAGGGCUUCGCUCUCUGGUUUCCAAAUAGCAAAGCACAGAUUGGGGCUGGUUUGAGCAGGAUUUUUUGAUAAUUGAUUUUUUUCACAGGUUCAUCAGUGGCAGUGAUUUUCAGUGGGGCAUAGAGGUGUGUUACGUAAGUGUAAACUGAAAUACUUACACAAAUUUGUCCUACUUGACCAAGAGCUGCAUAAUUGCAGCCUUCCAGCCUCCCUAGGAGGGUUGUUGGAUGAAUCAGAGGGUAUACACAGCCUGUGACUUGUUCCUCCAAACACAGGGAAUAAGCUCCUAAAUCACCCCAGUGCAAGCCUGCAAGCAGUGACGCGGAAUCCAUGUAAACGAGAAUUAGCGCAGUGCUUUCCUUCCUCACCAGCUGCCUGGGCAGCACACAACUGGCCCCACAGUUUGUUAUUAAUGUCCCACACCCUGCGUGUGCUGGUGGAGGUGAAAAGGUGUUUGUGUUACAAAUCCUCCCUGCCCUUUACCACCUGCCAGCGGAUCCCAGGCGGGAAGCGGUUCUGUGUGCAGCCCAGGAGAUCAAAGUCCUGUUAAAAGAAGCUCGGAUCGUUUCCUCCCCUGGGAGCAAAGCGAAAUUAUGGAGGAAGCUCUCCACAUGGGAAUUCACUUCCAUGGACGCAGCCCCUCCGGGUUACCUGAAGGAGUUCCGCACGGAGCAGUGCCCUCUCUUUGUGCAGCACAAGUGCACUCAGCACCGGCCCUACACUUGCUUCCACUGGCACUUUGUCAACCAGCGCCGUCGCAGGUCUAUUCGCCGACGGGACGGUACAUUCAACUACAGCCCUGACAUUUACUGUACCAAGUAUGACGAGACCACGGGAAUCUGCCCGGAAGGAGAUGAGUGUCCCUUCCUGCACAGAACUACUGGAGACACAGAGAGGAGGUAUCACUUGCGCUACUACAAAACUGGAAUCUGCAUUCAUGAGACAGACUCCAAGGGAAACUGCACAAAGAAUGGAGUCCACUGUGCAUUUGCUCACGGGCCCCAUGACCUACGCUCUCCGGUGUACGACAUCAGGGAGCUUCAGGCGAUGGAGGCUUUGCAGAAUGGUCAGACUACAUCAGAAGGUGGCAUAGAGGGUCAGUCUGCAGUUGCUGCUAGCCAUGCUAUGAUAGAGAAGAUACUCAGUGAGGAGCCGAGGUGGCAAGAUACAACAUACGUGUUGGGAAAUUACAAGACAGAGCAGUGUAAGAAACCCCCCCGUCUCUGUCGUCAGGGUUAUGCCUGUCCCUACUACCACAAUAGCAAAGACAGAAGAAGAAGCCCAAGAAAACACAAAUACAGAUCUUCACCAUGUCCCAGUGUGAAACAUGGAGACGAGUGGGGAGAUCCCAGUAAGUGUGAAAAUGGAGACUCAUGCCAAUACUGUCACACUCGCACAGAGCAGCAGUUCCAUCCAGAGAUCUACAAAUCCACCAAGUGCAAUGACAUGCAGCAGUCUGGCAGCUGUCCCCGAGGACCCUUCUGUGCCUUUGCACACGUAGAACAGCCUGCCCUCAGUGAGGAUUUACAGCAGCCCUCGGCUGUGUCCAGCCCAACACAGACAGGCCCUGUGAUGUACAUGCCAUCGGCAGCGGGCGAUUCUGUUCCGGUCAGCCCCUCCAGCCCACACGCCCCAGACCUUAGCAAUGUGUGGAAUAAAUCAGGAACUCUGCCAACUAGCCCCACCUCCACCACAAUUCUUUGUAGGAACAGCAGUCUCGGAAGCCCAUCUAAUAUAUGUGGGUCUCCUCCUGGUGCCAUUGGAAAGCCACACAGCUUGGAGACCAUUGGUUUUCCUCCAGACUCAGUAACAGCAGCCGGCAGCUACAAGAAAGCACCGGGGUUUGAGCGAGAAGAUCAGGUGGGGGCCGAAUAUUUGAAGAGUUUCAAAUGCCAGAAGUCUAGGGGUGAUGUCUUGGUUCAUAGAAAACAAAUUCCUUGGGCUGUUUUCAUCCUGCUCUGCUUUCCCACUCACCAGAUUCUCCAGUGUCCAGAGCCAGCUCAGGCAAAAAUGAAGUCCCAGUCCCUGGAACACAGGAGCCAGGACCAACCUUUGUUACAGCCCAAACAGGACAUACUGGGUAUUCUCCCAGUGGGGAGCCCGCUGACAUCCAGCAUCUCCUCUAGCAUCACCUCCAGUCUGGCUGCGACGCCCCCGAGCCCUGCCGGCACCAGCAGCAUCCCAGGCAUGAAUGCCAAUGCCCUUCCUUUCUACCCCACUAGUGACACCGUGGAGUCUGUCAUCGAGUCUGCCUUGGAUGACCUGGACCUGAAUGAAUUCGGAGUGGCUGCCCUGGAGAAGACAUUUGACAGCAGCACAGUGCCCCACACAAGUGGCAUCAUGAUAGGUGGGAGUUUGCUGCAAAGUUCCGCUCCUGUAAAUAUUCCCGGGUCCCUUGGAAGCUCUGCCUCCUUUCACUCUGCCUCUCCUUCUCCACCGGUCAGCCUCUCAUCGCAUUUCCUCCAUCAGCCCCAGGGACACUUAAGCCAAUCAGAAAACACAUUCCUGGGGACAUCUGCUUCUCAUGGAUCAUUAGGUUUAAAUGGGAUGAACAGCAGCAUAUGGGAACACUUUGCUUCGGGGAGUUUUUCGCCCAGUACCUCACCUGCAUUUCUGUCAGGUCCAGGUGCUGCGGAGCUGGCACGGCUACGACAAGAACUGGAUGAAGCCAACGGCACAAUAAAGCAGUGGGAAGAGUCUUGGAAACAAGCCAAACAGGCUUGUGAUGCUUGGAAAAAGGAGGCAGAGGAAGCAAAUGAUCGUGCCAACACAGCUAACAUGGAAUGUGAACUGGCCCGGGAGCAGAGGGAAGCCUUGGAGCUGCAAGUGAAGAAACUGCAGGAGGAGCUGGAGAGGAUCCACACAGGCCAGGACCCUCAGUUUCUGCGUUCCUUCUCUGACCUGGAAACGCUGUCGCUUUCCUCACUCUACACGCUUCAGAAACAGCUGCGGGCAAACCUGGAGAAGGUUGAUAAGGCGGUGUUUCAGAUGCAGUCAGUGAAAUGCCUGAAGUGUCAGGAGGAGAACCGAGUGGUGUUACCGUGCCAACAUGCAGUGCUGUGCGAGACCUGCGCCGAGGAGGGCGAGUGCCCCAUCUGCCAUCCCAACCGGCCCCAUUCUCUCCAGUCAUGACCUUCCAAGGACACUUGUUCUAAUCAUAUCGUAUAGGACUUUUUAACUUUAUACCUACGUACAUAUAUAUGUACGUGUACAUAUAGAUAUGUAUGUGUAUAUAUAUAUGUAUAUGUGUGUGUAUGUGCGUGCUUGUGUAGGUGUGUAUAUGCACACUCACGCACAUACACAUGCGAAACGAAGAUUAGUUGCAGAGCACUUUUUAAUAUUUUACAUCCCGUAUCUAAACUGCCCCUCACCCGUGCCCCACUAAUUCUAACUCUUGAGGAACUUUGAGAGCUGUUUUUAAUACAGAUCAAAGGGCCAUUUGCAAAGAGUCCGUGUUUCUCCUCUUUUCUAUUUAGGUGAUAACAAAUUUUUGACUAUUUCCAGAAGGAUUUAGAGUGGGCAAGAGGGGCUUCCAUGUGCUUUCCAGAGGAAGAGUUGAGAUCGCAGGGAGGAUCGGAGUGGAUUUAAAUGAUUUGUUCAUCUCUCCAGUCUCCCUGCUUGUUCAGUGACCCAGCCUGGUUAAAGCUGUCCUCCCUGAUGGAAGCGCUGCUGAGUGCCUGCCUCGUGGGCCUCAUGCUGCUGAUCUCUGAAUGUGCAAGAACUUUGUCUGUCAUUUAAUCAGCGAAGUUCACUUUUUAAAUUUUUUUUACACUCUUUGUAUAUUUGUAAGGAAAGAAGGAAAAAGAUGAGGGGGAUGUAUUGGAGCUAGAGCCAGCCAGGCCCACACCGGAGUGCACAGUGUUCAUUGCUGACACAGCUGACGUUCCAGAUCCAAACAGCCUCACAAGUAUUGCCCGUGUGUCAGCUAAAGCGCUUUAUGAAGGGAACAUGGAUGUGCAGGUCAGUUGUCUCCAGGCACUCCUUUCUCUGAGGCUUUUGUUCUGUUUCAGACCAGAUGAGUUUUCUUUUAGCCGCAGGGACCAGUUUCGUAGCCACUGCUAAAAUACGUGACAAUUCCAGGUAGUCAGGACAGUUCUUUUAAGAGAGUUACUGUAUCCUGCGUUGGCACCUCAAGGGUGGGUUACAGACUGCUGGAUCCAGAAGCUCUCAUGUUUUGUGAUCGUGUAUGCCUUUGGUGACAGAGGAAUCCAGCGUGACAAGGAAAUGCAACCAGCUUAGCCCUUGCCAGGGGCUAAGCUUUCCAGUGACUGCCUUUCCUGGUGCGUCCACUGGCUCUGCCCAUCAGGUGGAUUGCAGUAACCUGCUGGGAUCUCAACCAAAAGGUCACUCCAUUGACCAAAUGUUUUUAUUUUGCACAGGGAUGCCUGUGCCAGCCCUCCCUGCUGGGGAAAGCACUGGAACCUCUCAUAGCCCACGGUUGUAGGAAAACUGGUCUUGUACUGGAGCUUCUCAGAAAGCUUCAUAUUUAAUGCAAAGACAUAAAUAGGUUUGCUUCCAUAAUUCCACCUUUCCUUUACAUGGAAGGGGCUAAUAUGCAUUCCCAGAUGAUCUCUUAAGUGCAGCUCUGUGUAGUUCUUUUUUAUGUUUUCCCCAUUAACUUGUUUUUGGUUUUUUUUUUUUGGUAAAAAUGCUUUUUUUUUUCCAUGUGUAUUUUAUUGUAACUAGCAUCAGAUUUUUUAUUUUUUUUUAUGGAGAGACACUGUUGAGUGGUUCUUGUGGCUGCAUUGUUUGGUUACAGCCUUUGAACGUAUGUGCCAUGGGGCAGCUUGCCUGCCUCGGUCUGAUCUUAAGGAAAGACCUUUUAUUAAACAUACGAACAUGUCUUUUUUAGGAAAAAAAAAAAAAACACAGAAAAAAGUGAGGGGAGGAGAAGCCCAGUUACAUUCAAAACUUACUAAAAAGCUUUUGUAACUAACUUAAGUCAUAGGAAAUAAACUUUUCAAUCAGGUCUUUAAUAUUUAUAAGAACCAGAGCUGAUCAGCCUGUCUUGGCGGUUGGUUUGUAACACUUGUUUUUUGCGAGUGCGUGGUUUAUCCGCUCCCCUGCCUUCCCGUGGGGCUGUUCAGGGUGACGCUGCCUUUCGCCGAGCCUCUUUUUCCAGAGCUGUCUGGCACGGAUUCCCCGCAGGGGCUCUUCCUGUUGUCCCUUCUCUUCCGCUAGAACUCAUCAGCUGCCAGCAGCUUCGGCUGUUGCAGUGGGACUGCAGUGGUGCAGGGUGGUUGGGCUGAGGGGCAAGAGAUGUUUGCCCCCAGUUGCUGGGAAUCACGCUUCUCAGGCAGGGGGUGCAGGGAUAAUUCCAGGCCAGAGAAAGCACAGUUUCCCUUUUGAAUAAAACGGUUUCUCUGUUUUAAAUCUUAAACUGAGGGACCAAAGUAUUCAUAACUUUCCCAUUUGUGGCCCUUGAAUUUUAACUUCUCAUUGCUUCAGUGCACUCGUGGCAGGACAGCCUGAAGGGAUUGACGCAAGUCCUGCGAUAUUGUGUCCCUUUCCUGUCCCCCAGCCCAGCACAUCUCAGAACUCUCCUGCACGAGCACACAAACCAUUUCUCUCUUUCCUCUGGCUCUGUAAGAAACACUUCUUAAGUUGAGGUUUCUACGAAUUUGUUUGCUACUUUAAAAACAAAAAAAUGUCUGAAAUGUGAAUUAUUUUCUUAAGCAUCAGAUGGAAAAGAGAACUUCAUCUUUGAGUAUUUUGUGAAUAAUUUGGGGGCCACUUAGGUGACAAUUUCAUAACUGAGCGAGGUGAGAGCAGGGGGAAGGGGCAGGGUUUCUGCCCCUCCUGCAGUCGUUGCUGCCUGCCUCAGGCAGGACGGCUGAACUGCAUUCACAGAACUGCCUGGAGGGCUGGAGAGGCUGUGGUCAGCUUCUGCCUGGUGUAAAAAGAGUCUUGUUGAAGUAAAUGUGGUGCUAAUACGUACAGCCCGUGUCACGCUUCCUCCUGAGGCAGGAGCUCCCUUUUACGGGACAGGUAGUAAUGCCACAGAAGCAAGGGGGCCGUUUUGGGCAAGUCACACUUCAAAGCAGAGUUUUGGUCCCCAAGUCUUCUUGCGGAGCAGCCCAUCCGGCUGCUGUGGAGCGGCCAGAAGUGCAUCUGGGUCCUGCCUCCUCACACAGACUCCUCAUUGGAGAACGGUGUUUUCCUCCCCACGUUUUUGGGAGCUUUUGCAGUGUUGGCCUCUGUGACUGUGCAGAUCAGGCACUUCUGAGCCGAGAGCUGGGGGAAGAGAGUCCUGAUUCUGUUGUGAAACCACAGUAUCUUAAAGGUCAAUAAAUGAUUGUGUUAUUAUUGAAAAACAAUUUAGAAGCAGAUGGCUUAGACAGCACCGUCCUGGGUAGACAGGGACCAAAGAGCAAAGCUAGAGCUGUAGCAGAGAGCCAGGAGCUGAAGAAUUUUUGCAUUGUUUUGGGCUAGUGGGACCACUUUUCAGUCACCUCCAGCCUUAGAUGAUGUAGCUGCAUGCCAGUUCUGGCACAGGAGGUGCCAGGGGAAGCCUUGGAGCUGGAGCAAGUUUCCCUUAAGCAGGUUCCCCUGGAGGGGAGCUGCUGCUGCUGAUCCCCCACUGAAGGGUUUUUGUACGUCCCGUACAUCUCUGAAGCUGAACCUGAGCCACUUGCAAGGCUUGUGCAGCUAAGACAAUGAAGAGAAGUCCUUACCUGGGAGGAAGCCCAUCACACUGAACGGACUCAGUAAUCCGUUGCUGUUCCACCAGCCUCCAAACCUCCACUCUUUCUCCUUUUCCCCCAUCUGAGAAGGAAGAAUAUUACCAGUGUUUUCCUCCAGAAUUAUAAUAACCCUUGGAGCGAUGGCCAACAGCAAAGUAGAUGUUACUGCUGUAAAAAACUAGUAUUUUCAAGGUGAAGUAUUCCUGCAAAGUAGUGACUGCAUCGGAGAGAUUUCUGGGGCUUUCCCACUCCGUAGCUUCCAAUGUUAAAACAAAAUAAAUACAGUAUGCGUUUAAUAAUACUACUACACACUGCAGUAUUUCGUGUGGCAGUGCUUGCCCAGCCCCGUCCCCGCAUUCCUGGGAGGAAGGGUGCUGGGCAGGGCCGCCCCCGGUCUGUGUAGAAGUUGGCAGAGUGGUGGUCGGUGGUGUGUACAACGUGUUGUUGAUUCCAUGUAUAGAACUGUGAUUUCAGCUGUCGUUCUCUCGUACUCUGUAAAUAUGUGUUUUGGCUGUCGGAAACCUGGUUUAGACUCUUUUCUUGGCAGAGUGAAUUUGCAUGUGGGGCUGGAAAGAACUCAAUCUGUGUCACAGUUUCCAAGGGCAGGAUGGAUUUUUUUUUUUAG